AUGGCGACGAUGAUUCCAGGACUCCCUGCGGCCUUCGAUGUGGAGCAUAACCGCAUGGAAGACGUUUUUGCGUCCGUAAAGGGCCGUGCUGUUGGCAGGGACGACAACGCACUUUCGGCGGAAGAGGCAUGGGUGCAGCAGGAGCUGCAGCACUACGAGAGCCUGUACACGGAGCAGCAGGAGCUUGCCGUCUGCCUCGUCACGUUCAACGCUGCCUGCAAGAAGCCACCCGCAAACUUGUCCAGCCUCAUUGCGUUGAACAUGACGGAGGACCCCAGCAGACCCGUGGACCUCGUCAUGGUAAGCCUUCAGGAGGUUGACAUGGGGGCAUCCGCCAUGCUAAAGGAGGAGACCGAGGCGGCAACACCGUGGAUUGCGGGACUGCACGCCGCGAUCGGCGCAGACUCCCAGACGGUAGGCAACACCCCAUACUACGCCUUUCCACCCAAGCAACUUGUUGGCCUCUUGCUGUGCGUCUACCUGCGGCGUCAACUGCUUCCCUACAUGCAGGACAUGUCGCUCAUGACAGUUGCGACAGGGGCGCUGGGUAGCAUGGGAAAUAAAGGUGCCAUUGGUCUACGGUUUGCGCUGCACCGCACAAGCCUUUGUCUUAUAAAUGUACACUUAGCUGCCGGACAUAGCAACGUCCUGAAACGUAAUGCAGAUGCAACCACUAUAUUCGAGUGCAUGGAUUUUAAUGCGCAGAAGCGGCAGGCGUUGAUUGCUGCGAUAGGGGACGGGUAUAUUCCGCCCGAGUACAUGGAUCAAAGCCCGGAACUGCGUCCGCAUGAUCACGAUGUCCUCAUCGUCUCUGGGGACCUUAACUACCGGGUGAAACUGAGUUAUGAGGAGGCUGUUGAGCUGUCGCUGCGUCGCGACGUCGCGCGGCUGCUGGCGCACGAUGAACUGGUGUCCGAAUUAACCAACUCGCACUCACCUUGGUGGGGCUUUGUGGAUCUCACCCCGACGUUUCCCCCAACGUACCGCUACGAUCCUGGGACGAACAUCUACGACACGAGUGAGAAGCAGCGUGUUCCGAGCUACACGGAUCGUAUUGUCACUUGGACAAGACGCAAGUCGCACCAUAAGCUGAUUCGUCUGGAACGUCUGCGGGCACUACAGGAUAUACUUAGUAGUGAUCACAAACCCGUGCAGGCGCUGCUGCGGCUUCCGAUACUCUGCGAGGUGGAGGAAAAGAAGAAGAGUGUCACGCAGUCUUUGCGAGACCGCAUCACGCAGGUGGGCUUAGAUCGCUCUAGUAGCGCAAAAACGACUAUUACCUCGGCCCUACUGGACUUUGGUGUGCAGCAGUUCUACGAUUGCGGGGCCCGCAACGUCUUGACCAUCACUAACGUGGGGGAAUGCGUGGCGCUGGUAAAGGUGCUCCGGCAGCGUAAUCAGGACCUCAGUGAGGGGGCGUGGCUGCGGGUGUACCCAAGCAACUUCUCCAUCCUCCCUGGGGAGAAAAAGGAGGUGGCGGUGGAGUGCCAGCUGCACCCGCGCUGCAUGUGGUGGAUGAGCCGUUGGCGUCCCUUUGAAGGCCGCGGCCGACUGAGUCUUUCAUCCAUGCUCUUGGUGUUCGUCAAUCAGGGACCUGUGCACCUGGUGGAGUGCAGCUGCGCGAUUAUGCCGAGCGUGUUCGGUAACAGCCUGGAGAAUAUCUCGCUUCUCGGGAAUGAGGUGUGUCUCACCGCCUACGGUCUCGAGGGAGACUUGGAGCAGCUGCGCAAGGUGCUUCGGCCGCAGCUGCCAAAGGAACUCUGGUUCCUUAGCGAGGCGAUUUACGAGCGUGGGGCACGGCAGCCGGACCUCUUCACGGAGAACGGGUCUGCCGAAACCUGCACGGCAGUCAUGCGCCACCUCGACACCCGUUGUGAGCCGCUGCCUGCCGAGUUUGACAUUCAGUCUGUGGCCACCUGCUUUAUUACGUUUCUUCAGUCGCUGCAGGAGCCGGUGGUGCCGUUUGCGUUGUACGCGGCGGCCAUUGCGGCUGGGAAGGCGGGAGGCAGAACACCCCUUGUGUUUGUGCAACAGCAACUUCCCCCGCCGCAUGCCAACGUUUGGAUCUACGUGUGCGCUUUGCUUGCUUUUCUCUUGCGGCCCGUGAAUGCGCGCAGCAACGGGCUCACGCCGAGAAUUUUAGCGAAGCUCUUCAGUGACGUGUUGCUUGUGCGCCCAGGCGUCUGGAUUCAUGACGCCGCCGGUAGCAGAGCACAGCCGCAGAGGGGCAUUGCCCCAACACCUCAUGGCGUGGUCACCUCGCAGUCGCUGCGCCAGCAGCUGCAGCAAGAGAAGGAGCACGCGAUGAGUCUCAUCGAGUACUUCCUCGUGCCGCAGCCAGAGUUGCUUCGCUGA